AAGAGGUGAAAGUCUUACCUCGCGAGUCGCUCCGCGUGAUAAUUGGGACGCGAUGUUUGCAACCCGCGAAGGGGAAAAAAGAUCCGCGGCGGUGACGCUCAGUUGAAUGUCAAAGGCAAGCAGCCUUGCCUCAUCUUACUGCGACCGCAUCCUCCGUUUUCCAGUCACGCACACCUGAGCCUCCUCAUCCCCACAUCUCCCUGUACACCCGCCCGCUGCUCCCGCAAACACAACACGCCGUUUCGCGCUCGUCAAACGAACGCGACCGCCCGCAAAGUUCUCGGACAACAAAACAGGACAGGUGUGCCGACUCGGAGAAGACCAACGUGGCUCGUGCGUACGUGAUGGCGUCGCUGCUCGCUGUGGUUAAUCUACUUUUUCACUAUGAUCAUUCUCUUUGCGAGCGGCUGCGUGACCCAGAGUGUGACCCGGAGUGUGACCCAGCGACACCUUGAGGAGUGACGCACCCCCUUGCUGACUUCAAAGCUGCCUAUCCUCACAAGGGUCAUGAAGAGUGCCGGAGCCUAUCCCAGCUGUCAACAGGCAGGAGGCGGGGCACAGCGUGAACUGGUCGCCAGCCAAUUGCAGGGCACAUAGAGACAGACAACAGCCGGUCUCAAAAAUCACACCUACGGGCAAUUUUGAGUGUCCAAUUAAUGUCGCAUGUUUUUAGGAUGCGGGAGGAAACCGGAGUGCCCACCCGGAGAAAAGCCACGCAGGCACAGGGGAGAACACGCAAACUCGGGACCUCAGAACUGCAAGGCCAGCGCUUUCCAGCUGAGACACCGUGCCGCCAACGAGUGGGUGCGUUAUAUUUGAAUAAUUUUAUUGUUACAUGAUUAUAAAUGGGAGCGUUUGAGGAGCGAUUAUGACAGCGAGACAUUCAGUCGUGCGUCGGAGAGCUUUUCAUUAGUGUUUGUGUGAGCAGUUGACGAGCGUUCAUGAGCCCAAAAAAAAUUCUAAAUUGUGUUUAAUAGUUUAUAAAAUUAAUCAUUAAUUAAUGAAUCAUUAAUAGUGUGUUAGAGACAUUUGAAUACUGAGACAAUUAAUCCUGAAUUAUGUCCAUAAUGGCCCCUCAUAAAAGCCACUAGCACGCUCAUUACCACAUUUUCACUCUUAUUCUCAUUCUGUGUACCACGACUAAAAUUUUUCCUGACCUGUACAUUUACAAAAUGUGCACUUUUAAUUUUAUUUUUACUUUUUUUUUUUUUAAUGCCAUUUCAACCCUGCGUGAAUAAACAGGGAACCAAUGAAAAGUUUGGUUCCAGGCGCCCGGUCACACAUUUGCGCCCGAGGUGUAGUGGAGCAGAGGUCAGCCGGUCUCGAGACGGAACGAAAGAAUCCGGAAUAUUAUCCGAAGCAUGUGAUUUUUGUACGGGGGGGCAUACGCAAAAGUUGUGGGCGCGCGUGUGUGAUCACACAUUUUGUCCGAGGACGGCCCCUGAACCGGCUCAGGGAGUUUGGAGGGAGCAGUUGACGGUGGGGCAGGGUGAGGAGAGCGAGGGUGGAAGGAGGUCCGGAGGCUCGGAGGGGGAAUUGACCUUCUCAAGCAGCCCAAAAAGUGACCGACCGAGUGCCAAGACUUCGUCAUGAGGACCGCGUUUCCAGUCCUGCUUCUCCUGGACCUCCUCGGGGUCUGCUUUAGCCAGUUCCCCCGCCCCUGCGCCAACGCCGAGGCCCUCCGGACCAAGGAGUGCUGCCCCGCGUGGGACGGCGACGGCUCCGCCUGCGGGGCCCUGUCGGGCCGCGGUUUCUGCGCCGAGGCGCUGGUGUCGGACGAGCCCCACGGGCCGCAGUACCCGCACAGCGGGAUCGACGAUAGGGAGCGCUGGCCUUUGGCGUUCUACAACCGGACCUGUCGCUGCGCGGGAAACUACGGCGGUUUCGACUGCGGCGAGUGCAGAUUCGGCUACUGGGGGGCCAACUGCGCAGAGUACAGGGAAUCGGUGCGGCGGAACAUCCUGACUCUGUCGGCCGCCGACCAACAAAAGUUCAUCUCCUACUUGAACCUGGCCAAGAACACAAUCAGCCCCGAUUACGUCAUCGCGACGGCGACCAGAGCGGAGAUGGGCGAAAACGGCGAGAAUCCCGCGUUCGCCGACAUCAACACUUACGACCUGUUCGUCUGGAUGCACUACUACGUGUCGCGGGACGCCUUCCUGGGGGGUCCGGGGAACGUGUGGACGGACAUCGACUUCGCCCACGAGUCCGCCGCCUUUCUGCCCUGGCACCGGGUCUACUUGCUGCACUGGGAGAACGAAAUAAGGAAGCUGACGGGAGAUUUGAACUUCACCAUCCCGUACUGGGACUGGAGGGACGCCGAGACCUGUGAGGUGUGCACGGACAACUUGAUGGGGGGCCGCAGCCCCUUCGAUCCCAACCUCAUCAGCCCGGCCUCCGUCUUCUCAUCGUGGAAGGUGAUCUGCACUCAGCCCGAGGAGUACAACAAUCGAGAGGCGCUGUGCAACGCCACAGGGGAGGGACCGCUGUUGCGUAACCCCGGCAACCACGACACCAACCGGGUGCAGCGACUCCCGACGUCGGCCGACGUGGACUUCGUCGUGGGCCUCCGCGAGUACGAGACCGGACCCAUGGACCGAUUCGCCAACAUGAGCUUCAGGAACGUCCUUGAGGGUUUUGCCAGCCCAGCGACGGGCAUGGCGCUUCGAGGCCAGAGCACCAUGCACAACGCCUUGCACGUCUUCAUGAACGGCUCCAUGUCCUCGGUGCAGGGAUCCGCCAACGACCCCAUCUUCCUCCUGCACCACGCCUUCAUCGACAGCAUCUUUGAGCGCUGGCUCCGAACCCACCAGCCCGAGCGGAGCCUCUAUCCGUUUUCCAACGCGCCCAUCGGCCACAACGACGGCUACUACAUGGUGCCGUUCCUGCCUCUCUAUCGAAACGGAGACAAUUUCCUCUCCACCAAAUCAAUGGGAUACGAAUACGCUUAUCUGCUGGACCCGGGCCAGAGAUUUGUAGAAGAAAUCCUGACGCCCUACCUGCAGCAGGCCCGGCAGAUCUGGCGGUGGCUGCUGGGAGCCGGCCUCGCCGGGGCGGUCGUCGCGGCCGCCGUUGCGGCCGCUUCCGUCGCGGCGAGGAGGAAGUGGAGACGGAGCCGGAGGAGGAAGCAGGCCUCCAUUUUCGGAGAGCGGCAACCGCUUCUCCAGAGCAGCUCGGAGGAAGGCUCGGCUUCGUAUCAGACGACUCUGUAACACGCGCACACACACGUCGGAGUUUAAAUGACAACAAUGGGACGUUUGACAGAUUUCCAAUUUUACAUCAUAUUGCAGCCGAAUCAAAAAUUUACAAACUUAUUUCCAUCACAUCACAGGUGAUAUAAAUCGAGAUUGUAGUCUUCGCCGCAUUUUGUGACGACCAAAACCAGAAUUGAUAAAUGAAGCGAAAAAGUCAUGUAAUGCAUCAACGUCACAAGUGGCGAUAAAGAUUAAUACGUACGUUGAUUUGGGCGCACCGACCGUCACGGAAUUUUGGAAACCCCAAGCUACGAUUCAUUCAUUCGCGAUGUGUUUCAAACAUUCACGAAUCAGAUACAGUGAGGAUGUGCGCGUAUACACGCGCCUGCACACUGGCAACCAAGUUUUAUAAACGUCCACAUCUUAAUAAUAGUAAUGGAACAAUACACCAACAAUAAUAAUGAUAAUAAAAUAGUAAUAACAGUAACGAUAAAAUCACACAUUUGAGUAAGCUCACUUCAAAAGAUGUUUGUUGAAUUUUAACACUCUCCAUAUACAGACAUGAAAUGGGUUUUAAUUACGAAUACAUUUGUACCGUAAUUCCCGGCCUACAGAGCGCACCUGAUUACAAGCUCCGCCCAGUACAUUUGUAAAGGAAAUACCAUUUGGUACAUGCCGUGUAAAAGCCGCAAGUGCCCACAUUGAAACGCGAGAUAUUUACAAAGAAAGACGGUACAUAGAGAGUUUAACGCUAGCGCUACCGCGAUAAUCCUAAUGCUAGCACCGGCGCGCUAAUGCUAACGAUAGCCCCGCGGCACUAACGACGCUUAAAAACCACUGAGACACCGCAGUAAGAGGCUAGCGCCGCCGUGCUAACUGAGCUGUUAAAAAAAAAAGACAUACUGAUAAUCACUGAGACGCCGCAGUAACACGCAAGUGCCGCUGCGCUAACAGGGCCGCUAAAAAAAAAAAAAAAAACAUACUGGUAAAAAGUCAAUGAGACACUGCAGUAACAUGCUAACGCUAGCAUGGCACGAACAAGGCCGGUUAAAAAAAAAAAAAAACAUACUGGUACAAAUCACUGAGACACAGCAGUAACACGCUAGUGCAGCGCUAACAUGGCCGGACCGGUAUAAAGUCAGUGAGACACUGCAGUAACAUGCUAACGCUAGCAUGGCACGAACAAGGCCGGUUAAAAAAAAAAAAAAAAACAUACUGGUACAAAUCACUGAGACACGGCAGUAACACGCUAGUGCAGCGCUAACAUGGCCGGACCGGUAAAAAGUCAGUGAGACACUGCAGUAACAUGCUAACGCUAGCAUGGCACGAACAGGGCCGGUUAAAAAAAAAAAAAAAAACAUACUGUUACAAAUCACUGAGACACGGCAGUAACACGCUAGUGCAGCGCUAACAGGGCCGGACCGGUAAAAAGUCACUUCCUCGGCACAUAUAUUCCACCGGUCUCGCUCUUACCUUUUCCACUAGAGUGCCCCCUUGCGGCCGUUAGAAAAAAAAAUGCACAAAUUAGCCGCAUCACUGCAUAAACCACAGGGUUGAAAGCGUGUGAAAAAAGUUGCGGUUUAUAGGCCGGAAAUUAUGGUAAUUAUUAUUGACAUUCUUAUGAACCAAUUUAAAAGGUAACGACCGUGUUUUUACACAAGUGAAGACAAUGAGCGAAGCGCUGGUGCUAAAAGGAUCGUAAUGCACGUGACCUUUCACAGACCCUUUAAGCGUGUGUGAGUUGCUACAUUAAAAUCAUUCCUGAGCCUCA